UGAGCCUAUGACCCAAUAACAAGUGGACUAACCAAAGGUACAUAAUAUCACAUUAUCUUAUCCAAAACCAAAGAGAACAAAAAAUCACAGAAAAAAAUGAAAAAGAAAAAAAGAAGGCCUCUAAAAAUAAUUGAAACCAAGACCACAUGCUUCAGCAAACAGAAUGGAAAGAGAUGAGUCCCUCUGCUCUGGCAACCUCCUCUGCUUCACUUCCGGCUACUGGUGGUUUACACCGCCAAAGCUUCCCCAGUAAAUGCAUUUUCACCAGCUUCAGGCCUUCUACUUCCUCUCCUCGUUACCCUUUUUUACUUAGAGUUACAAAUGAUUCUAAUAGGACUGAACUAUCUUCUGAUGUUGCCGUUGGAAGAUCGGAGGCUGAUAAGAUUGUUGAUGGCAUGGAUUUUGGUGAGCUUUGCAAUGAGUUUGAGUGUAUUAGUAGCCCCUUGGUUGAAGCUACAGCCAGACAACUCGCUCGUGAUAUACUAGAACUACGCGAAGGCAAUCGUGCACUAGGAACUUUUGCAGUUUCUGUCAGAUACAAGGAUCCAGUCAGAAGUUUCACUGGUCGUGAGAAAUACAAGAGACCACUAUGGGUGACGGGUGCACUGGACAACCCUUCUGUGGCGGUGCAAGAAAUGGUGAUGCUGUCAACAAGUGUCUUGAGUAUCAAGUGGACAAUAAAAGGAAAGCCAAAGUCUUUCCUUGCUAGUGCAGGAGGGGAACUGAUAAUUAAAGUGAAUUCCCAAUUCACUUUAAAUCAGAUUAGUGGCCAAGUGAUUGAGCAUGAAGAGGUAUGGGAUUUAUCAGCUUCAUCACCUAUAGCUCAGGCAUUUUUCUGGACCUCACGCCGUCUGUUUGCUACACUUGAGACUGGAAAAGAUUUGUCUGAUUUUGUCAAGAACUUGACAACCCGUCUUCCAGCAGAAAGGGAGAACUUGGAGAUUUUUCCUGACCCUUCUGGUGAUCCAACAAAGUUCUUUCAAAGAGAUGACGGUUUCCAAAGAGAUGCAUACCAAAUUGCACUAUUUCUUGCAGUCAUAUAUUUUGUAGUGCAGUUCUUGAGGACAACUUUGUAAAGCCUAUUUUGCCUAAGUUCUUCUACCACUGAAGUUGAUUGCGACAGUCUAAUAUUGUAUAGUGUUUUAUCAAUGAAUACUGCAUUAUAAAUGCAUCAAAAGCUAUUCCAAGAAAAUUUGAGAUGGUCUGUGUGAAAAAAAACAAUGAAGAAAGUUGAAAAAGAACAACUUUGUGUAUUUUGUAUAUAUGAAUUCUGAGUUCUUAACAAUGUGUUGAUGGUUAUAUAUACAUUAUGAAUUGUUUCUUUCUAA